CUCACCCCUCUGUCCCUCUCUUUCAGCCUAUAUCUUCUCUCCAUCUCUCUCCCCUCCCCUCUCUCCCUUUCCCUUAGCCCUCUCCUGUCUCGCUCUGUCCCUCUGUCAGUCUAUUUCCAGUGCUAGCUGAGUCAGGCGAAUAGCUCCCAGCUUGGAAUGACACAAAUAGGAAGAGGGACUCCAAUCCUCUAAGAGGGUCAGAUACCAACUGAAAAAUAACAAGAAACUUUAGAAAACAUCAGGAACUACGGAAAAAUACUGGAACCUGCUAAAGGAACCUGCUAUAAACUACAAAAAUGGACUCUGAUAUGGCGUUGACGGAAUUACAGGAGCAUGAGUUGCCAGAGGCCGUCGUUCAGGAGGAUGAAGACGACGUGGAGGAACUCAGGAACAGUCUGCGGGAGGUGGUCCAGGACCAGUCUGUGAAGCCCAAGCUGCAGUGUCUGAUGGUGGACCCGUCCUUCUCCAUGGUGACUGUUCAGAGUGAGGACAGCGGCAUAGUCUGGGAAACGGCCUCCAGCCGAUGCUCCACCCCCUGGGCGUCGGAGGCCAGCUACAGCUCUGACACCUACAGUUUGGACGGCUCUGCUACCGGUGGUGGAGGUGCACAGGGCAAAAUUACCAUUGUCUUCGAUGAGGACAAGAUAGUUCGGAGGAGGAAGAGGAUGAGAGGAAAGGCCAGGCUGGGUGAGAGGCUAAGGAGACCCGGGAGCUCCAGGUCUGGCUCGACACUGGGGGUGGAGAGGCCUGAGAUGGCUGAGGUGUCUGUGCCAAACAUCCGAGUGGAGAGUGUAGAGUCAGACACAGAGUCAGGGGAAGUGAAAGACAAAGAGCAGGAGCUGUUUAGUCUGAUUUCAGAGGGUUAUGAGAUCCUCAACAUCAAAGUCCCGUCCAAACUGCCCACAGUGGACGAGGAGGAGAGCACUGAGCUGCAGGAUAACCUGUCCUACUUGGAGGAGACACCCAGGAUCAGGUCCAAAUCCAGGCGGGGCUCUGAGGCCUUACCUGCCCAGGACUACCCAGAAGUGAAGGAGGUACAGGAGGGCACAGAAGGAGAAGAAGUAGGAGAGUCUAAGCCCUCAGAACCCACAGAGCAACAGGGGCCUCACAGCCACAAGGACGGCACCAGCAACAUGGACUACUUUGAGGCAUUUACCCUCCUGGAUGAGGUGGUUCCUGGGCAGCAGGUUCCAGAGCCAGUGGGAGACGAGACACCCACGAAGCCCCAACGAGAGGAGACUAAUCUGGGGCAGAUGACAGCCACAGACAGCCUCUCUGCAGCUCCGGACGAUGAAUUUGUGUUUGUCACAGACAUGGAGAUUGCCAGCGAGCGUUUGGAUGAGGUGUUCUACGGGAACAAACAACACGCAUCCCUAGAGGACCUGAUGAAAAGGGGAGAAGAGGAUGAAGAGGAGGGAGGGAAGAAAGGAAGAAGGGAGAGUCUGAGGUCUCUGAAGGAAAGUGGGUCAGCACUGUUCGGCAGAGAGGAGAGCAUCCUCACCCCCAUCUUCCUCUCCCCGGGACCCCCUAAGAUCAUUGAUCCCAUCCUGCUAGAGGAACCCACAGCCAUGUCCUUCCUCUACUCCGACCUGUAUGAGGACGCCAUGGGGGAGAGGAGGAGGAGCGACGAGGAAGGCUCAGAGGCAGAGAGCGUGGGGUCGGACAGAUCGUUCCAGAGGCGACUGUCUGAUUCAGAGGAAACAGACGGAUACCUGGAGAAGUUUAUCCUGAAAGACGAGACUCCCAAUGUGGAGGACCAAUCAGAAGAAGUGGAUGGUAAAGGGGAGGGGCUAAUGAUGUGGUCGCAGAGUAAGUUUGAGCUGACCGGAUUCCUAACGAGAGUGGUGGAAGAAGAAGAAGAGGAGAAGGAGGAGUGUAAGAAGGAGGAGAUCAAAGCUGCAGAGAUGAAUGGGUACCUGCAACCAGCAGGAUAUAAAGAGAUGGAGGAAUCAACAGAGAUGGAAGAAUCAACAGAGAAAUCUUUGCUGCACAUCAAGGAAACUGGUCCAGAUAAAGACUCUGAGUCUGUAAAUACAGACAGCAAAGUGUCUCAAGUUGAGAAGGACCAUCUAGUCCCAGGAAAGAAACCUGAGAAGGUUGAUUUGGUAGAGGAAACUAAAAGUGAGACAACACCUGAGGCACAUGAGUCAGAGGUUGACAGCCAGGAGGAGGUAGUGUCAGAUAAAGUAUCCCAUGAAACAGAGCUACUAGCUCAGGCAGAGGAGGUGAAAAAAGAAGACGAAGUAGAAGUGUCUAGAGUGGCAAAACCAGUUGUAAUUCAGGAGCCUGUGAUUGUACAGGUGAACCAGGUGUCAACUGAAAGUAAAACAGAGACUGUAGUUAAAGCAUCUGAACCUGUAAGAGCAGAGGAUGCUAUUAAAGAUCCAACUGAGGCCAUAGCAGGAGCACUGGAGCUACACAGGGUCUCUCAAAAGGCAGUUACUGAUUUAUCAGUAGCUGUUGUGAACGUAUCAGAUGAUACUAAAAUGGCAUCUGAAAUUGCAGCUGAAGCAAUCAAUAGAAUGGAAAUGCUAGCUGAAGCACACAAAGUUGAACAAGUAGAAAAUAGAUCUGAGGAGCCUGUGAGUGUAGCGGAGGAGUCCUUCACACACAAUCCUGAAGCCGAAGUAGUUCCAACUGCCCCUCCUGCAGAAGCUGCGGAGCGAUGGGCGUCACUUCUUGCCCCUGCUGAGGGAGAUAAGGGAAAGGAGAAAGAGCCAAUGAAGAAGCAGGAAUUGGAAGGUGAGGACGAGUGGGUGUUCACUCCCCUCAGGAGCUUUGCUCCACAGGAAGACCUCUCUGAGCUGCACAGAGAAACUGUAGUUUCAGAUAUGGAGCUGCACAGGGAGACUGCAGAAGAGCUGGAGUAUGAGAUAAUCUCGCAGCAGGAGGCAAGAGAGAUGAUAGUGUCUGAGACAGAGAGAAAACAGCUCUGCCCUGGCCCUAACUCUAAUCUAGAGAGAGAGAGGGAGCUGGAGAAAGAAAAGGAGAGAGAUAUGGAGUUGGAGAGGGAGAUAAAGAAGCAGAGGCUCAAUGAGGAGGAGAGACAGGAGAGGGGGGAGAGGGAGAGACAGAUGGGGUUGGAGAGGGAAAGUGAAAGGGAGAGGCUAAGGCUGAAGGAGAAGAGACAGGAGAGAGAACGGGAGAGAGAAAGAGACAAUCAGAGGCUAAAGGAGAAGGAGCGACAGGAGAGGAAGAGUGAGAUGGAGUUGGUAUUGGAGGGAGAAAAGCAGAAGGAAAGGGUGAGAGAAAACCUGUUGAUGGAUAUGGAGAGGCAGAAGGAGCGAGAGAUGGAGGAGAAGGUAAGAGAAGAGAGAGGGCUGGAUCUCCCCGCUUACGAGGAGCCCAUUGAGGCUGAUUAUGAGAUAUUCGAUGCGGAGGAGGAGAGCCAGGCCAGAGCAGCUGCUGCCCUACAGGGGAUGGAUUGCUUCUGUCUGGGCUGUGGUUGUCUGCUCUCUGAGACGGACAGACUGUCUGGAGGACACCAGGAUCAUGAGGUCACCAGCGUGGAGACAGCCUACAAAGACAUCAGGGAGAGGCUGAGUGAUUGGAUCUCAGAACUGCAGGAGAGAUCAGAGAACAUUGAGGAUCUGGUGUCAGAACUAGAGCUGGGAUACAACACUGUAGAGGACCAUUGCAGGGACAGUGAGGAGGUAAUGGAGGCUCAGAAUGAGGAGAUGAUGGCUCUGGUGAUGGAGCAGUACAACAGCAUGUCUCUAAGCAUGGAGGAGGAAAAGAAGGCAAAGCUGGAGCAGCUUUACGACCAGAUCGUCUCCUUCCAGGAGAGUAUAGACCAGACCAAGGUCACACUGGACACCACCGCUAGAGAGGCAGAUAUAGACCCAGACACACAGACAUCCAAAGACAUCUAUAUGAGGUUAACAGAAGCACUACAGUCAGCCAUGUCUCUGGAGCUGGGUCCUCGGGGACUACUAGUGUUUGAAGACUACGCCAAGGGCAAUGCAGCAAAUACACACACACGACGCAAGGGAAUCCCAGUUCCUCAGAAGCCGUCUCUGCAGCCUCAGGAGUGUGCUUCAGCCAGCAGCACCAGUGUGACUGUUUACUGGAGGGUCAACCCUGGAGACAUCAUAGACUGCUUCCAGGUCUACUGUAUGGAAGACCCACAAGGAGCGGUGUCGGAUGAGUACCGUGUGACAGUGAAGGAGAGUUACUGUGUUCUAGAGGAGCUGGAGCCUGACAAGGUGUAUAAAGUGUGGGUGAUGGCUGUCAACUAUACCGGCUGCUCUCUGCCCAGUGAGAGACUACCCUUCAGAACUGCCCCAUCGGUACCAGUGAUUGAUACGGGGCGGUGUACGAUACUGUGGGACUCGGCCACGUUACGUUGGAAUGUGGACAACCAAACACCCAUGCAGAGUUACACCCUGGAGUACUGCAGACAGUACGCCCUUGAGGGAGAAGGGCUUAGGUCUAUCUCAGGUAUCCAGGGCAGACAACAGAGGGUACUACUGCAUCCCAAUGAGAACUACCUGUUCUACAUCAAAGCUGUCAACAAGGCUGGAGCCAGCGAACAGAGUGAAGCUGCUCUAAUAUCUACCAGGGGAACUAGGUUCCACCUGUUGAAGGCUUCGGCUCACCCUGUCCUGAAACUGUCUGAGGACCAGACCACCCUGUACUACCCCCAGGACACAUACACAGAGAGAGGGGAUGUGGUUAACGAAUGUCCAUCUGUCCUGGGUGAGUUGUUACCCAUGAGGGGGCAUCACUACUGGGAGACCAAUGUGACCAGAAGUUCUGCAUACCGGGUGGGAGUGGCAUAUGAGACAGCCAAUAGGGACAGUCUACUGGGGGAGAACAACACUUCCUGGUGUCUGCAUUGUGUCCCUACACCCUACAGUUGUCGGUUUGAGCUGCUCCAUGGCAGUGUUCAGUCAGAUGUGUUUGUGGGGGAGGUGCCCUCUCAUAUUGGCACACUGCUAGACUACAAGCAAGGCCGUCUGUCCUUCUAUAACACCCAGCGCGGCCAGCUGCUCGGGACCCUUGCCCACUGCUUCACCCAGCCAUGCCACCCUGUCCUGGGCAUGGAGCAGCCAGGCAGCCUGAAAGUCAGCAUGGCCCUGGAGGUGGCCGACUUCGCAAAGCAUAGCUAGCCAAGCACCAGAACUUCCCUAUGCAAGAUAUGUGAUCAUAAGUACCCAUGGAUUUAAUAGAAAUCAAAUGUUAUAAAGCUAGAACAGUGAUAGCUACACUUUUAAUGGAAUAAAUAGCCAAUCUCUCUGGACUCUCCCCGAUGAGGGUGGUGGCUACAGCUGUAUCAGGACAUUCAUUGACUCAGUGAUGAAAGAAACAGGAGUGAGAGGAAGAACUGUAGUUGCUUCAGUAGUAUAGAUUUGAAAGAAAGUGCAAAUCUUGAAGGUAAUAGGAAAAAUAUUUUAUAAAUAGGAAAAACAAUCAGAGCAAUAGUCUAUCUAUCACUCAAUUAUUGCUGUUUUAUUUCUCUUGUGAAUUUGACUGAGUGUGUUCUUGUUGAGGUGAAAUGUUUAAUAUCUGAGAUUAGUAUUAAUUCAUCUUUUAGCUAUAUUUUUUAACAUGUUUUGUCAAGUGUGCUUUAAUUUCUCCAGUAUCUCCUUCUCUCAGCAAUCUUACUCAUCUCUCCUAGAGCCUUUAGUAGGUACAGUAGGUACACAGCCGAGAUGCACAUUAAACUGUAUGUAACUACCAGGGUAUUGAACCCAGGUAGUCUGUGUGACUCAAUACUGUGUUAGCCCACUGAGCUACUUGCAAGGUAAGUUCAUUACUUGGAGAUUGUGUGGAUGAAGAUACUAGUAACUCUUUUGUUUCAUGUUGUGAAUACUGGUGUAUAAAUAACCUUGUAAACAGA